AAAACCAAGUGAGGAGACGCUGGUUCACUUCCUGGAGGGACUGAAAACCAAAGGAGGAGAUGAAGGAUUGCACCAGAGAAUACAGAGAGGAUAGACACCACAGAUAGAUCCUGGCCAUCAUCAUCCAAGGAACAACUGCACAACUGUGGGAAGACAUCCAGUCCCUUCACAGCAUUGCUCAACACAGAGAAGGUUGGACAGUGAAACCAUCAUCUGGAAAUCGGUCGGGUCAGGGGAGCUUUGACAUAUCAUCAGAUCUGAAACUGGUCAGUGGUGCAGAACCUUCCAUCAGAACCAAUCUUUCUGAAGGCUGGGCUGUGAGCGAUGAGUCAGGGUGAGACUGGAAAGGAGUGUGAGUGAGUUCCAAGUGUGGUGAGAGCUUCAAUCAUUCAUCAAGCCUCAAGAACCAUUGACUCAUUCCUACACGUGAGAGGCUGUUCAAGUGUGAGGUGUAUGAGGAGGACUCCACAGGCUCAUAAGAUCUCCGAACACAAAAGGCAGCGACAUGGAAGAGAAAACAUUCAAGUGCGAGGCGUGUGAUCGAGCCUUCACAAAGUCAUCGACGCUUGUGAAACACCGACGCAUUCACACUGGGGAGAAGCCUUUCAAGUGUGAGAUUUGUAACAAGGGCUUUGCAGAAUCAUGGGGCCUGAUGAAUCACUGGCGCAUUCACACUGGGGAAAAACCAUUCACAUGCGAGGUAUGCAACAAAUCAUUCUCAGACUCAUCAAACCUCCACGCGCACCAACGGAUUCACACAGGGGAGAAACCAUUCAGGUGCGAGUUUUGUAAUAAAGCUUUUGUGACAUCUUCGAGCCUGCUGAUGCACCAGAGGAUUCACACAGGUGAGAAACCAUUCAGGUGUGAGGUUUGUGAGACCGCUUUCACUUACUCUUCCGAACUUGUGUCGCACCGGAGGAUUCACACUGGGGAGAAACCCUUCAACUGUGAGGUGUGUGACAAAUCAUUCACCCGGUCGUCAACCCUCCGUGCACACCAGUGUAUUCACACAGGGGAGAAGCCAUUCAUGUGCGAGCUGUGCGACAAAUCAUUCUCGGAUUCAUCAAACCUCCGUAGGCACCACCGCAGUCAUACAGUUGAAAAGCUGUUCACAUGCGAGGUGUGUGACAAAUCGUUCGUGGAAUCAUCAGAUCUCCUGCUGCAUCAGAGGAUCCACAUGGGAGUAACCCUUUAAACGUCAGAUUUAUGACAAAGUUUUUGUGAUGUCUUUGACUUCCUGGGACACAAGAGGUUUCACACAGGGGAGAAACUCUUCUUGUGCGAUGUUUGUGACAAGGCUUUCACCCACUCCUCCAAUCUCCUGAAUCAACAGCAGACCCAGACUGAUGAGAAACCAUUCAGAUGUGAGGUAUGUGACAAGGCUUUCACACAGUGUAUCACCUGGUCCAUCAAUACGUUCACACGGGAGAAACCCUAUUGGUGCGAGUUCUGCAAUAAGGUCUUCACGUGGUUGUUGGACCUCUUGGAACAUCAGUGAACCCACGCGGGAGACAAACCCUUCCAGUGUGUGUGUGUCAGGAUUGUUUCACCUACUCUCCCUCUCACCAUACACCAAGAUUUCCACACGGAUUUGGAGUCGGGUCACCUGCUUCUGUUACAUUGAGAGUUGUUUGUGCUGUUUACUUUCCAGUACUCACACAAGGGAGCUGUAGUUCCAAAGCACUAUCUGUCUCAGCAGUGUCUGUCUCAAGCCUCCCCCAUCAUCAGUCUAUAAAUUUCAAAAAGGCCAAGUUAACCGGAUUGCCAGACAUCAUCAAAAGCAGAUAUCAAUAUGUAUAGAAGUUCCUGUUUAUGCACAGGUGUCAUCACCUUUGGGAGGAUUUCCUCAGCUACAGGAAGUAGGUGAUUCAGGAGAAUGUGUGUCAGGAUUUUCCCUGAUAUGGACAAGAGGGAAAUAUCUCAAUAGUUUCCACAGCGUGCUAUAUCUCCCUUCUUGAAGAUAGUUACAAUUUUCACAUUCCUGAAGUCAGGAUGAGGAGAGUUCAUAUUCCUCUCAAAUAUAGGAUGAGUUCAUGGAGUCUUGAUGUGAGCAGAAAUCCACCAGCUUUGAAGGCCUCAGCUGGAAUCGGGGCCACAGCUUUGUUGUUUUUCGUCUGUUUGAUUGUUUGUUGCAGCUCUCCCAUCAAUGGUGAUUCACCCAUGGACUCUAUCACAGGCACAGGGGGAUAGACUGGAGGGUGUCAGCUGCCAAUGUGGAUUUAUAGUUAAGGAGUUGUUCAAAGUGUUCUUUCCAGCUUUAACAGAUGGCAUUGUCAACCUUAAGAACAGAAACACUCUCCUGUGAACGAAGGGGACUUUGUCCAUUUGACCUUGUCAAAUUGGCCCUGGUGACUUCUAAAAAGAUUUGCGUGUCAUGAUCAUCAGCAUAUUAUUGGACCUCUUGGGCUUUCUCUUCCCACCACAUGUCCUUUAUCUUCUGGAUUUUUCUGAGGGUGUCAGACUUGAGCUGUUGAAAUGCUGCCUUCUUGAGUUGUGACCUUGGGUGUUCUGCCAGACAAUGAAGGCUGAUUGUUUUUGUUCUAGGAGGUUACAUAUUUGUCAUGUUUGUCAAGCCAGUCCUGGUGAUGAAGAUGCUUGAACCCAGUGGUCUGCGCAUAGGAAUUUAGUAUAACUGACUUCAUUUGAUCCCACUGUAUGAGAACUAAAAUUGAUGUGUGAAAAUGUUCCAGAUUGGUCACUAAAUUCCUCUUUUCCAUUGGGCAGUUUUAGGGCUGAGACAUUGAACUUCUUGUUGGACUUUUGGGCCUUGUGAUGUCUUGGUGCUGGAUGGAUGUUCAUCACCGAUCAAACAAGUCGAUGAUCUGUCCAGCAGGCAUCAGUCCCCGACGUGGAUCGGGUGAUACAGACAUCACUUAGAAAUUUGACUUGGCUUUAGACUUUCCAGAGGAACCUCCAACAUGGUCUUUGUUGCGAGAAAAAUGUUGAGAACAACACGAGGAACUCUUGUUUAUAUGUUGCGACAUGAUCAAGGAAUUUAACUCAGUAAAUUGCAAGGCUCUGUGGAUUUUACUCCAAUGAUUUGGAUGUCCAAGAAACUUCAUCACAAUCCUGCAAUUGCUUCAUGAUGAUAUGACUGGAACUGCCUUGAGUGGGAGAUCUGAAACAGAAGUCUUCAAAAUCCAGUCUGGUGUCAAGCAAGGAUGUGUGAUAGCCCCCAUUCUAUUUACAUUCUACCUGACAGUGUCGAAUCACUUCAUCAAAGAUCAACUGCCCUCUGGUGUCAGUAUUAAAUACCAUCAAGGUGGGAAACUCAUUUACUUCAGUCGCCUCCCUGCCAAAACUAAACUGACUACCAUAGAUACACAUGAUCUACAGUUUGCAGAUGACUGCAAUGUAGUCCAGUCCACAACAGAUUUGCAAACCUCUCUCGAUCUCUUCAAUUCUGCAUUUGUUUGUAUGAUGGAAAUGAGCUCCAUCCUGUGCCUAAAGUUCAAUGUCUUUCUGACCAUCCGAAUUGAGAGCCAGAAUAAGGCACAGGGAUUUUAAAGAAACUCUAGUAUUCUGAGAGAGUUUCCCCUGAUGUGAGCGUGUGUGUGUUAGUAAAGUGAGCCAGCUCUCAGGAGUGGGUAUGGGGUAGAAUCUGACCCUGCUUUAGUUGGUGAUGUGAAUUAUAGACAGAUCCUCUUCAGGUGAUGAGUGUUUGACUAAUACCAUGGGUAAUGUUUGUACUCUCCUGUCUGGGAGGACUCCUGUCCUGAGAAUUGUGAGCGAGUGGGAUGAUUCUCUACAGACCUGAGUUCCCUCAGCCCAUCAUACCUCGAUGGAAUAACAGUGUGAUAUGUUCACCUUACACUCUUCCAAGAAUCAUUUCUGGGAAAGAUCUUGCAUCAUAUUCAAAUGCUUCGUUAUUUUGGCUGAUUCAGAGUUUGGUGUAAGCUGAAUAUUGUGUUGAUGUUUGGCUGCUGUUUUAGCAAUCUUCUGUAUAGAUUUAUAUCUCCAAAUAAAUUCAUGUUUUAUAAGUUCCACUUAAA